AAAUAAAUGAGUAGUUACGAGCAGCCUCUCCCCCUUCUCUCCCUCAGGCUUGCCCCGUUGAUCCUCUCCUAUCUCCUUCUCUCCCUCAGGCUUGCCCCACAGAGGCCUCUCCUAUCUCAUCCCCUUCUCUCCUUCAGUCUAACUCCUUAGCAUAAGAGUGUUUUUCAUGUGGGAAGGAGGAGUAGAAUGUCUAAGCUCCCAGCCUUCAGGAUGGUUGUGUCAUACACUGGCCACGCCCACAUCCAAGUGGCAGUUGGAACAGAGUUCUUUUCAGGUGGGGAGGGGGGGUAGAAUGCCUAACUCCUUAGCAUCAGAGCGUGUUAAUAGUACUAUAAGAAAUACCAAUGAUCUGAUACUAAUAAUCAAAAAACCCUUUCUUAGCGAGCACCUAGAAGCCAAGAGGAACAUAUGUGCCAAAUUUCAAGUUUGUAGGCUUUACGGUUCUGGAGGUUUCGUGUUGAUGCAUGAGCGGUAUUUCACUUUUUUUAUAUAUAAAUAUGAGAAGCUGUUCUGGAUGUCCAAAAAUCUGAUGAUUUUCAUUUUAAAGAGGACUGUUCAGAGGUACUAGGAGGAAUUUCAUUAAAUAUCUCGAGUUUCAAUAAACCAGAAAUGCGUUCCUCAAAUUCUCAAAAUUGCGAGAAUCAGUGUUUGAUCCACUCUUCCUGUUGUUUGCAUUUAUAUGCAGGCUUCUCUUCGAGCCGAUGUAUUUCCUAUCUCAAACUCUUCUGUCAAAUUCUUUCAUUCAAACUUUUCAGAUAACUACCAGUUUAACUACUCUCUCCUUUCUGGGUCGGUUGGAACACUUUCUCCGUUGUUUUCUCUUUCAGGUGCUGAUCGUUCACACGAAUUUUUUGACGUCCCUCGUCCCGAAAUCCUGCAGCCUCUCUAAUCUUGUAACCGUAAAGGUUUUAGACCUCCAUGACAACCAGCUGACCUCCCUUCCCGCCGAUAUCGGCCAGUUGACUUCUCUUCAGGUUUUGAACGUGGAAAAGAAUGUUUUAAAAGCUCUUCCGGACUCGAUCGGGGAUCUCGCUCAGCUUCAGACGCUGAAUUUGAAAG